UAAAUUAUUAGUUAUUAAGUCAUUUUCUAAUUUUCCUUCAUGCAAAAAUCAUUUCCUUUUACUUGAAGGGCAAAUUAAAAGAAAAGAAGAAAAUAGUGAAACAGAAAAAAACUUGCCAUAAGACGACGGCCUUAGCAUCGUAUCAUACCAAGGUAGAGGAACAGGUGGCAGAAGGUGAUUGACUCACAACGAGAAACUGUGGGAAAGAAUCCGUAUGGAAAGGGAAGAUGGUCGCUGACUUCCUGGACGCCGCAGAUAGUUCUCUCUCCAUUUUUCUCCAGUUUCGUAGCUUCACUUUCUCAGCUGAAAAAAAAAAAAUUACCUCAAAGCUUCUUCUAAAAUAUAAGAAAAAAAUUAUCUCCAUCAAUUUGAAGAAGAAGAAGAAGAUGGGAACAUUGGGGAAAGCAAUCUACACCGUUGGAUUCUGGAUCCGAGAAACCGGCCAAGCCCUCGAUCGUCUUGGUUGCCGCCUUCAAGGCAACUACUACUUCCAAGAACAACUGUCGAGACAUCGGACGUUGAUGAACAUAUUCGACAAAGCUCCUGUUGUUGAUAGAGAUGCCUUUGUGGCACCAAGUGCUUCUAUCAUUGGCGAUGUUCAGGUCGGACGAGGUUCUUCUAUCUGGUACGGAUGUGUUUUGAGAGGUGAUGUGAAUAGCAUCAAUAUUGGGUCUGGAACAAAUAUCCAAGAUAAUUCCCUUGUUCACGUUGCAAAAUCUAACUUAAGUGGGAAGGUUUUACCAACUAUUAUUGGAAGUAAUGUUACCGUGGGUCAUAGUGCUGUUUUACAUGGAUGUACUGUUGAGGAUGAAGCAUUUGUUGGUAUGGGGGCUGCCCUAUUAGAUGGAGUUUAUGUUGAGAAGCAUGCCAUGGUUGCUGCUGGAGCUCUUGUGAGGCAGAACACUAGGAUUCCAUGCGGAGAGGUAUGGGGAGGUAACCCAGCCAAGUUCCUAAGGAAGCUAACAGAGGAAGAGAUGGCCUUCAUUUCCCAGUCAGCCCUAAAUUAUUCCAACUUGGCACAAGUUCAUGCAGCAGAAAAUGCAAAGAGCUUUGAUGAAAUUGAGUUUGAGAAGGUGCUUCGUAAGAAAUUUGCUCGCCGCGAUGAGGAAUAUGAUUCAAUGCUCGGGGUUGUUCGUGAGACGCCUCCUGAGCUUAUCCUUCCUGAUAACGUUCUUGCUGAUAAGGUGGCAAAAACUGCUUAGGAGUUGAUAAUUCCUUUCUAGGUUACUUUUCUUGAGAUUCAAUGUCACUGGAUAUUUUGUUAUCUGCGGAUUUACAGAGAAUGGAUGCUUUUCAGUUCCAAUAAUUUUGGUGGGUCACAUUCUUAUGGCUACGCUUUUCAUCCUGUCGGCUUUAGAAGUUGAAUUUCAUUUUCAAGCACAUCUGGAUGUGCAAGUCAUCCAAUGUGGUCUUGUGUAGUUGUAUUGGGUUGUCAAUUACUUUGCUUAUGUUUAGCGGCAAUAAAAAUUGUGCAGAUAUUUGUUUCAAAGUAAUCUGCAAGUUAGUAAUGAAUCUUAAUUCCUUUUGAACUUCCUUUUUCUUUCUUUCAAAAGAAAAAGGAAAAACAUCCUAUUUGGUAUUUCCAAUGCCCCUUCUGACAAGAUCCUUAAAUUUUACAAAUAUUUGUUUGCUCCUGACUAAAGUCACAAGCAUAGACGUCAGCCAG